CUUUUUUAAUUUACUUUAGAUAAAUAAAAUAGCUAAAUAAUUUAGAGGUAUAAAUAAAUGUAUAAACUCUUUUUGAUAUUCAUCCUAGGAUUGAAGUAUAUGUAUAGCUAAACACUGCAAGAUUGUACUCUUAAAGAUACUUACUAUGAUUUAGCUUCACAAAGUUGUGGUAGCUGUUUAAAUAAUUGCAAAAUAUGCAAUGACUUCACCUCAUGUUAAUAAUGUCAAAAUAAUUAGUAUUAUGUACAAAGCACUGCUUAAUGUGUAGAUUAAUGUCAAAGAAAUCAAUCUUAGGUGAAUUACUUUGGAUUUUGUAUAGAAUGCCAAGUAGAAAACUGUAAAGUUUGCUAAUUUGAUGGUUAAUUAUGCAAAUAAUGCGAAUAAGGAUGGUAGUUAUCAAGUGACUAAAAAAAUUGUUUGAAAAGUGAAUGCCUAAUAAAUGAUUACAGUUUCUACAAUCCUUCCACAGGUCUUUGCACAAUUAAUUGUCCUGGAACUUCAAACUAAAAUGAUAAAACUUGCAUUAGCCUGAAAAAAAUCAGCGAAGUUAAGACUUUAUCAAGUAGAAAUAAAGUUAUUUAAAGAGAUAUCUAAUAUGUAUUCUAUUUUGAUUAGAUAGAUAAAAAGUCAUUCGUUGUUACUCUUGAUGGUAAAAACUCAAUUUUUUACUCUUACCCAGAAUUAAUACCAUUGAAUUAGCUAGCUUUGAAAAACUCUUAUGUGAGAGUAAUAAAAGAUGAUCAAAAUAUUUACUUGAUUUCUAAUAGCAAUGUAUAAAAAAUAGAUAUUCUUCUUUAAUAACUUACAAUUAUUUUUGAGACAAAUGAUUUUAUAUUUGCAUUUUCCUAAAAAUAUUUAUUUUCAAGUUCACCUAAUUUGUUAAAUAUUAGUAUCUUAACCUUUUCAACUGGUUAAAUAUAAACUCAGUUAAUCUAAAAUCAAAUAAGUGUUUAAUUUGAUCCAUAUUUUUUUCAGAUUGCUGACGACAAUUCUACAAACUAGCCUGAUUCACCUUAAGACAAUUAGAAGUUGCCUUAAGUUUAAACUGUAACUGAUAGUUAAGGAUGUAUGCUUAUAUAAAAUAGUACUUAACAGAAAAAUCCAACUUUAUAAAACGUAAAUAUAAUUCAAAGAGACUACUUAUAAGAAAGCUUAGUUAGCUAAUAAGCAAUAGUUAACUCAUUUUAAAAUGCCAAAAGUCCUUUCUUCUAUGAAGAGUUAGAUAAUUAAUUCUUUUUUUUAAUAGAUAAUGUUAACAACACAAAUAUUUAUGAUUUAAAUAAAAAUGUUUUAAUACAAGCCUAACCUUAACAGGUUUUUAAUGAUACUUUAAUUUUAUAAGCAUUUAAUUAUGAUAAAAAGAAGAGAAUUGUAAUAAUUAAACAUGAUACAUUUAAUGGUAUUUUUUAAUCAGCAGUAAUAUGUGCAAAUCUAACAUAAAAUACAACUACUUAAGAAUAUUAUUUUGAAUAUGAUAAGCCUCAUUAUGCCUAAAUUUCGUAUUAAAUGAUUGAAUAUGUCAUUACAGAUGAUCAUAACUAUCUUAUUGUUGCAAGCACAAAAGGAUAUGAAAUAAUAAACAUAAGUCCACAAAAUAGUAUGAUUGAAACUGAAAGUAACUAAAAUUAGAUUUUCUUGUUCUCUAACAUAAUAGGUAGCAGCUAUUUAUUUGGUCACUCUAAGUUUUUAUCAAAAAAGUAAUCUCUUUAUUACUAGAUAGCAAAAGAUAAUAUUUAGAUUUUGUCACUGAACUUUGACAAUAAUGGCUUUUCAUAGAAUAGCUAGUAUUAAAUAAACCUAUAAUCAAUAGAAUAUCCAAAUUUCAACAUAGAUUCUAAUUAGUUUUAAGUUAUUAAUAAUUAAACUUCGAUUUUGUCUUACAAAAAUCAGUUAUUGGUUAUAAAAUCAUCAACUGCAAAUCAGAACCAGGUAAUCUACUUUAGUAGCUUUACAGAUUAAGAUUCGGCAUAUUACAUGAAUGGAAUUUUCAAAAUACUUUACUCUGAAGAAUUCAAUAUUAUGGCAAUAGUUUUUAAUAGUGGAUUUAGAGUUAUUAAAAUAAAUGGACAGAGGUUGUUAAUCGAAAAAAAUUUAAAAUAGCAAAUAAUGAAAGCUGAAUUAGUUGAUUGUUAAUUAGUCAUAGCCUACUAAUACAAUAUUAACAAUUAUAAUUUUGUUAUAAUAAAUUUUAAAAAUAAUUAAAUGUAUUAAUAUUAAAUCUAAGGUGGCAGCAUUUACAUUUCCUUAAUCAAGCAACAAAAUCCUAUUAGAUUAUUUGUUGGAAUUUAUUACAGUGAUUCUAUUUGGAUAUUCUGUAUCUCUUAGAAUCAAACAGACAUUUUCUAAAUAAAUGCUAGCCCUUAGUUUUAAUUAGAUAACUAAGAUGUAAUUAUUUAGGUUUAAAGUGACACUAUUUAUAUCAAUACAAUUGAAUAUUACAUCAUUGUCUAUACUUAUGACUUUGCUAAUUCUUAAUUAAAUCAGAUUGAUAAUAUUUUUACAUAAUAUUUAUUCAGCUUAAUAGAUAACAAUGUUUUGAUUAUAAUAAACUCAUGUUAAAAUAAUUUGAGUUACUCUAUUUUUAACAGGAUUAAAAAAUAAAACUAUUUGCUUAAAACUAUUGCUUUAUAAUCAGAUGAACUUAUUAUGCUUAAAACCAUACAUAAUAUUUAAUAUAAUAAAUUAUUAAUUAUGCCUCCUAUAUAUCAACUAGGAGCCUCAACAAUAACUAUUUUAGAUUUAAAUACUUAUAAUACCCAAAAAAUCAGUUAUAGCAAUAUAAUAUUCUAAAAUGAUGCUUAAUUUAUUACACAGUAAGGAAAUAUAUAUUAAUUAUAUAAUUUUAGUAGUUUAUAAGCUUUGAGCUUUAGUUUACCAGAGCCUACUGUUUUUUCAUUAAAUACAGACUUCAUACAAUUGCAAGGAGCGACAUAUAUCCUCAUAAAAAAUAUAACUAAUGUAAUUUCAUUAUUUAUCAUUCAUUAAUUCUUAUUUUUAAUAAUUUUUUUUUACAUUAAAAAAGCAAUUAUUCUUGUUUAAUAUUUAAAAUAUGCAACUCACAUAACUUUUUUUGAAGUCCUACUCUGA